AUGUUAAACGCACGCACGAUUCCCGACCGAUACCCUAUCCGGCACAUCCAGGACUUCACCCAGAACAUAGCUGGCUGCCAAAUCUUCUCAAAAAUAGAUUUAAUCAUGGCGUAUAAUCAAAUUCCAGUGAACCCCGAGGAUAUUCCGAAAACAGCCAUCACAACACCCUUUGGAAUGUUUGAUAUUCCUUACAUGACCUUUGGACUACGAAAUGCGGGUCAGACAUUUCAAAGAUUCGUCGACGAGAUGACCAGAGACCUGGAUUUUUGCUACUUACAUGACUUCCUCAUAUUCUCCAGGGACCUGGACAGCCACUUUCAACACCUGCAGCAACUGUUUACGAGGUUUAAGGAAUUUGGAAUGGUUUUCAACCUUUCGAAGUGUAUUUUUGGAGCAGCAGAGGUCACGUUUUUGGGAUGCGUUGUAUCAUCAGCAGGAAUUAAACCUAGCGAGAACAAAGUUGAGGCGAUUAAGCAGUUUCCCAUCCCAAGGAAUGUCAGGGAACUUAGAAGAUUUUUGGGAAUGAUCAAUUUUUAUCGCCGGUUCCUCAAAGACGCUGCUAAAUCACAGGCUCUUCUUCAUGACUUACUCAAAGGGACAGUCAAGGGCUCUCACUCUGUGGUACUGACUGGUGACACACUGAAAGCCUUUGAAGAUUGUAAAAAGAGUCUGUGUGACGCCACACUCUUGGGACACCCUAAUAUGGAUUCAAGACUGGCAUUAGUUACUGACGCCUCAGAUACUACCAUCGGAGGAGUCUUACAACAAUAUGUUGACGAAGGUUGGCAACCAUUAGCUUUCUUUAGUCGAAAGCUAAGUUUAACUCAAUCGAAAUACUCUCCUUAUGACCGAGAGCUUCUUGCCAUUUAUGAGGCUAUUAAGCACUUUCGCCAUCUUGUUGAAGCAGACAUACAACAUAUAUCUGGUAAAGAUAAUGUUGUAGCAGAUGCCCUCUCUAGAAUUGAGGAACUUGUGCAGCCUUUUCAUAUGGAAAAUUUAGCUAUGACACAGUCUUCUGAUGCAGAACAAACGGAUUUUGGAAGCCCUAUGACCUAUGGGAUGGACCACUGUGCACGGGCUAGAUUUCAGCACAUACACAUAGAUUUGGUUGGCCCACUACCCCCAUCAAAUGGUUACCGAUAUUGUCUCACUGCAGUCGAUCGGUUUACAAGAUGGCCCGAGGCGAUACCCAUUGUUGAUAUAUCCGCUGAAACGGUCGCCAAGGCUUUUGUUGGAUUGUUGCAAACUGGAUUGCUCGAUAUGGAUGUCCAAUUGAGUCUUACUUGGUAUGAGAGCAGCUUUCAAGCCAGACAUUCAAGCUUCGCCUGCCGAGCUCUUAUACGGAGACGCUCAGAUUACCUGGAGAUUUUCUUCAGGAAGUUCAAGAUAUGCAUACGACAGAUGUUACAGACUUCUCAGCACGUCUUCGUUCGACCAUAUAAAGUCCUGCAAAGAGGGGACAAGGUUUUUAAAUUGCUAAUGAAGGGAAAGGAACAGACAGUGACUAUAGAGCGAGUAAAACCUGCGUUUUUACCUACCUCUGAAGAACCGUCUACGAAGACGGAGAUAGCUUCAUCUAAAAACCUGGAAAAAAGCAUUCAACCAACAACUACCAGAACACGCUCAGGGCCAACUGUCAAGUACCCAGAUUAUUAUCGUCCGUCUUAA